CGGCGCGACCGUUACAGGCGUUACCCUAAGCCCCGCCCCUCAAUCCCCGCCCGUCCAAUCCGGGCUGCUCCCUCGGGCAGGGGCGUGGCCAUGGGGCCAUGCCCACUCAAAUUGAGGCCGCGCCCCGCCCUCCGCUCACGAAGCGACGUCACUUCCGGCGUGUACGUCUGGCGUCUGCCCGCCGCGGGAUGGCGGCUCUGAGGAGUUGGCUGUCGCGGGGCGUAACCUCGUUCUUCAGGUACAGACAGUGUGUUCCUCUCGUGGCUAACUUUAAGAAGCGCUGUUUCUCAGAACUGAUAAGACCAUGGCACAAAACUGUGGCAUUUGGAUUUGGAGUAACCCUGUGUGCAGUUCCUAUUGCACAGAAAUCGGAGCCUCAUUCUCUUAGCAACGAUGCACUAAUGAGGAGGGCUGUGUCUCUGGUAACAGACAGCACCUCCACCUUCCUCUCUCAGACCACAUACGCACUGAUUGAAGCAAUCACUGAAUACACUAAGGCUGUUUAUACCUUAAUUUCUCUGUACCGACAAUAUACAAGUUUACUUGGGAAAAUGAAUUCACAGGAGGAAGAUGAAGUGUGGCAGGUGAUCAUAGGAGCCAGAGUUGAGAUGACUUCGAAACAACAAGAGUACUUGAAGUUGGAAACCACGUGGAUGACUGCAGUUGGUCUUUCAGAGAUGGCAGCGGAAGCUGCGUACCACACUGGAGCAGAUCAGGCCUCCGUCACCGCCAGAAGCCACAUCCAGCUGGUAAAAUCGCAAGUGCAGGAGGUGCGUCAGCUUUGCCAGAAAGCAGAAGCCAAGUUGACAGAGGCACAGACGGCAGAGCUCCUUCAGAAAACGCAGGAGGACACGGACGAGAGGGCUGAGCCGGAGCAGGAGGCCUACCUGCGAGAAGACUGAGGGCCUGCGCCCCCGUGUCCGCCCACCAGCCAGGGUGGGCACAGCUUCCUCCGCAGGGAGAGGUGAAGGCCAAGAGGCCUUUGGGAGCUGGGUGCCUGGCCCUCCCCCGUGGUCCCUAUCGUAGCGGACAGACCUGGUUCUUAGCCCGGACACCGCACCCGCCCUCCCACCCACAGCAUCUCAGCAAGCUGGCCAGAGAGGGGCUCCUUUGGUGUCAUGCCCACAAGUUCUGUAGCUGUUGAGCCUCACUCAGUCUCCGACCUUACCUUUUCAGAUAGGAUUUAGUGUUUGCUCCCUCCAUAGGGAUGUGAGUUUGGGGAGGGUGGGGAGCCUGUCCUGUUUGUAACAUGUCCUUUUAAAGUGUUUCUGACACCUUCUGUGACCUGGCCCCACUGCCCAGGCCAAGGAGCCAACAACAGUCCGUUAUUCUUAAGAGACUGAAUGCAGAAUGUUUACCUGGUACUGUCAACAGGACUUACUCCAACACACGCUCCUCGUGUCCUUCUGUCCUUCGAGUUUCUCUAUUGUAUCUGAAGGAGAAUAAUUUUUUUU